GCGGCUUCGAGGCGAGUGCGGAGAGAUUGUUGGACUGAACGGUGCACUCGAUACUAAACACUGCUCAUCCCGGAGGAGAGCGGUGUCUCUCUCACACUGUCUACGAGCUGCUCUCUCACCGGGCACGCACGCACACACACGCGCGCACGCACGCACACUCUGCUCUGUGCGCCUCUACUUCCCAGUAGUAAAGUCCGCGCAGACCAGUCUCCUGUGUGCGCAGUUUCUUCGAAGGAGUCGCUCCGAGGAACCAGAGGAACAAACGCCCUGAGCCCGUUCCCUUGGCGAGGACCCCGCGCGUGCCCAUGUAGCUGCCCUGCGGGAUGCCUGAUCAUGACAGCGCCCUCCUGAGCGCACAAACCAAGCGCAGACGAGUGGAUAUCGGCGUGAAGAGGACCAUCUACAGCCGCGCCCGGGACGCUUACGAAGGCAUGAACCAAUCACACGCGGCCGAACAGGACGGGGACUGCUCAUUGGUCAGCCACAGCCAUGGUGGGUCCAAUGGCGACAGUGAAAAGUCCAAUGUUCUCAGAAAACUGCUGAAGAGGGCCAACUCCUACGAAGACGCCCUGAUGCCCUUCCCCGGGGCCACCAUCAUCUCCCAGCUCCUCAAGAGCAACAUGGCUAAGAACGGAGGCAGUGACUCGGGCUUCCAGGGCAGUGGGGCCAUGUCCAGUGGGGGCUCAGAGAUCCAGGGGGAGGACGGCUGUAGUAACUCUUCCAGGGACAGGGACAGUCCGUCCGACUGCCUGUCCCCAGGGCCCCCUCUGCCGCCCACCUCCUCUUCUGCCUUCAGAGGCCCUCCUCCUGUCUCCCUCCUGACCUCCCACGCCCCCUCUCAGCCUCUGGCCCUGUCCUCCUUCGACCUGGACCGUCUGUCGGACGAGCACCUGCGGGCCAAGCGCGCCCGCGUGGAGAACAUCAUCCGCGGCAUGAGCCAUUCCCCGCUGGUCCGCUCCAGCACUGGAGAGCCAGGCAGAGACGACAGCAGCGGCACAGAGCACAGAGGGGACCCCCACCAUGGCUCCUCUCUCCUGGGCUCUCCGGGCUCACGAGGAGGGGUCAGUGUGGAGGUGUACCGAGAGAACAAGAGGAAACAGCGACUGCCCCAGCAGCAGCACAGCUUCACUCAGCUGGUGUGCUCCAGACAGGAGCAAAGGCAAGAGGAGAGGAGACAGCUCCGGCUGCAGCUCGAGGACAUGCAGAAACAGCUGCGGCAGCUCCAGGAGAAGUUCUACCAGAUUUAUGACUCUGAGACAGAGGACGAGGACACAGGAGCAGAGCGUGGAGCCGACAGGGAGGAGGACGGGAACAUGUCCGAGGACAGCAUCCGCUCCGACGGGCUGGAGGACAGGCACAGGGACAGCCACAGAGACAGGGGGCGCCCUGAUGACCUGUCUGACCUGGACCCUGGGCUGUUCCUGGACAGAGCGAGGGCGCUGCUGCGAGAGCAGGCUCUGAUGGACGGAGAGUUGGAGGAGGACAGGGAGGAAGAGGACAGGAGCAGACUGAAGAGGAGAGGACCUGGGGGGAGGCACCUGGCAGAGACCCUGAAGCAGGAGCUGAACUGUGCUGUGUCACAGGUGGUGGACACGGUGGUCAAAGGCUUCUCCUCCCCAAAGCAGAGCAGUGUCCAGGGCUGCAGCAGCACGCCGGCCGCCCCCUCCUCCUCCACCUCCUCCUCCUCCUGUCCUCCCCCCUUUGUCCCCCUCCCUUCCCUCACACCAGAGUCCAGGUUCGGAGGAGGCGGUCUAGGCCUCAGUCUGAACAGUGACAGUAGUCCCACCCCAAACUUCCACUCGACCAAUCAGAGACUGCACUGCUUCGGAGACGUGCUGGUGCCCAGCCCCCUGGACUCUUUCAGUGGGCUCAGCAGACUGACCGGUGUGCCCACAGCCAAUGACCAGACAGAAGCCCUGCCUCUGGUGGUCCGGAAGAGCGGGGUUCCUGAGAGCAGUGAGCACCCCCUGCCUCCCCCUCCUCCCCCUCACCACCCCUCUCUCCACCCCUCCCCCCUCACAGCCUCUUUGGGCUUCAGCCCUCCAUCUUUUCGACACCCAUUCCCUCUGCCUCUGAUGGGCUAUCCUUUCCAAGGCCCCCUGGGGUCACACGGAGGCCCGGGCUAUCAUCCUCACGGACCCAAAGACCACCACAGGGUCUCCCCAGACUCCCUGGACAUGAGCCGGGACACCAUCAGCCUGAGGACCAAGAUGAAUCUGGGUCUGAGUCACCAUCAGCACCGGCAGAGCUCCCCUCACCAGCACCCGGACGCCCUGUCACUGUCGCUCAUCAAGUCUGAGUGUGGAGACCUGCAGGACAUGUCCGACAUCUCGCCCUACUCCAGCUCCACUAUUCAGGAGGGUCUAUCUCCCAACCACCUGAAGAAAGCCAAGCUGAUGUUCUUCUACACGCGCUACCCCUCCUCCAACAUGCUCAAGAUGUACUUCGGAGACGUCAAGUUCAACCGGUGCAUCACGUCGCAGCUCAUCAAGUGGUUCAGUAACUUCAGGGAGUUCUACUACAUCCAGAUGGAGAAGUUCGCACGUCAGGCCAUCAACGAAGGAGUGACCUCUGCCGACGAGCUGUCUGUGAGCAGGGACGCAGAGCUGUUCAGAGCGCUCAACAUGCACUACAACAAGGCCAAUGACUUUGAGGUCCCGGAGCGUUUUCUGGAGGUGGCCCAAGUGACUCUCCGCGAGUUCUUCAACGCCAUCGUGGCCGGGAAGGACGCGGACCCCUCGUGGAAGAAGGCCAUCUACAAGGUCAUCUGCAAACUGGACAGCGAGGUGCCGGAGGUCUUCAAGUCCCCCAACUGCCUACAAGAGCUGCUCCAUGACUGACUAGGCCUGGGGAGGUCGUCGACAUGGACUGUCCACCAACCUCCCAGACCUUUGAAACCAUUCGGAGAAAAGACUUACUAAAGAUCGCUUGCAGCUGAAAUUGUCCUGGCGCUUGUGAAAGACCAAACAAAAAAACAUAAAAACGUGAGAUUUUUUCAUCCUUCUUGCACUUCUUGCAACAAAAAAAGUUCCAUUAUCUUCAUCCGACUGUGGAAGAAGACCUAAUCAACAGAAGAAAUUGAAAAAUAUAUUAAUCUUUUUAUCGUGGAUGUUUUUAAGUUACAGGACAUAUUUUGAGAUAAAGUGACGUUUCUGUAUUUUUUCCUCCUUUGUAUAAGCGGACUUCUUGGAUCCCUUGGCCAGUUAGCGAAUAGGCUACACUUGUCAAAUAGAAAAAAAAGCACAGUGCCAUUCCCAAACCCUCACAAACCCUCUAACCCAUUUAGCUGUUGUUUCCACUCUUAUUGUACUGAGAAUUUUUGGGUGUUUUGACAAUGUGGCCCCCCCUGCCCGGAACCCGACAAGGUUGCCCCUCUUCCCCUAUGAACUUUGCCUUAGGCUUUUCAAUCUGACGCACAACUAUACAGCCAUGCCAUGCUCUGCAAAUCAUUACGUUUUGUCUUUAUUUUAUGAGAUCUGACAACUUAAAAGUCCUAUAUUACGCAAAAUUGACUCUUGUGAACUUUAAGCCAUGAAAUAAUGUUGUUACAUCCUCAAAAACAUAUCU